AGUUCGGGAGGAGCGCCGCCGGCCGCGCCAGCCGAUCAAGAUGGACAAACAGAUGGUCUCCACGUUCAUGGAAAUCACGUCCUGCGAGUCGCAGGCGGACGCCGUGCAGCACCUCUGCUCGUGCCGCUGGAACCUGGACGAGGCAAUCAAUCUCUUCUUCAGCACCGGUGGCGCCGGCGCCGGCGCCGGCCCGUCUGGUGCGCCCGCCCCGAUCUUUCCCAACGAGGAGGUAUUGAUGGAGGAGGAGGAGGAGGGCGACUACGGCGUUGGUGUCGGCGGCGAGAACGGCGAUGACAACGACGUGCGCGCUCCUAUCCGCGCGCGCGUUGAAGCGUUGUACGAGGACGACGCGUACUACGGCGAUGGCAGCACUGCCCACGACGACCACUCCUACGGGGAGGCGCCGUAUCCAGCGCCGGUGCGGAUUGAAGCGACGGGGUGGGGAGAUGCGGAACCCGGCGAGAUUGAGCCGACCGGGUGGGGAGAAGCGGAGCCCGGGGAUGGCGGACAAGCCGGAGGGGAAAACGUCUACGGCGGCCAGUUCCCCGACGACGCGGAGCAAGAAGAUAGCUGCAACAACGAGGACGACGGCCGCAUGGGCAGCAGCAACGAAGAGGACGACGGGCAGGACAGCAAUAUGAGCUACAGUGACAACGAGAUGAACGACGACUACGAGAUCGACAUGGAGGAAGACGACUCCUACUACGACGCCUCGCUAGCGGAGGACGACACGGAGGAUGGGGAGCAGCCGCGGCCGGCGCGGCGGCAGCAACAGAACUCGCUGGCGGAGAUGUACCAGCUCCCGUUCGACCUGAUGUGCGGCGGGUCCUUCCACGACGCCAAGGUGCGCGCGGCGAGGGAGGACCAGUUCCUGCUGGUCAACCUCCAGACCCGCAGCGGCGUCGGCGACUUCCAGUCGCAGCUGCACAACCGUGACCUGUGGUCGGACGAGCGAGUCAAGAACGUGGUCAGGGGUAGCUUCGUCUUCUUCUUGGUCCAGAAGAGGAACAGCUACCUGCACCUGGACGAGUGCGCCAAAGUGUCCUCGUUCUACAAGCUCGAAGACGACCAGCUGCCCGCCGUGCUCGUCCUGGACCCCAUCACGGGGCAGCUGCUGGACAAGCGGAGCGGCGCCAUGACACCGGACGAGUUCAUGGAGUACGUUGACGGGUACACGAAAUCGAAGCCGAGCACCAUGUCCAUGCCCAAGUUCGUCAAGACAACCUCCGCGCCUGCUGUUGCGGGCGGCGAGCAAGAACGGCCGGCACCUGCAUCUGCCGCUGCGGCCGUCGAACAAGAACCGGCAGCGCCUGCGAUAUCUGCACCUGCCGCUGAAGGCGUCGAACAAGAGCCGGCAGCGCCUGAGAUCUCUGCACCUGCCGGUGCCAGCUGCAGCGAGCAAAACGACGACGACGAGCCCAUGGAAGGCGAGAAGAUGUACAAGCUGAGGAUCCGGCUCCCCGAUGGCACCACGGUCGCCAAGGAGUUCGGCUGCAGGCGGAGGGUCGCGUCGCUCUUCGCGUUCUGCAGGUCGGCCGUGCAAGGGCACUGCGGAGGGGAGGCGGAGCAGCAGAGGGCGUUCCGGAUCAUGAGGUUCGCCCGCGGCGGCUUCGAGGCUCUGCAGGGCGGUGGCGGCGAGACGUUUGAAGACCUGGGGCUGAAGUACGCGGCCGUGUCGGUUGUUUUCGAUGCGUAGGCUUGUCAUUAGAGAAUGGGCACAAAUAAUAGUAGUCCACGCCGUCGACGGUGUCUCUCACGUAGUACUGCUACUUAUUCAUUUAUCACCGAUGCGCUUGGCAGUAUUAUUCAUUUAUGAUUUAUCACAGUAU